AGUCAUUGCUGUCAUCCACCACUACAUACGAUGCAUCGUCAUCGUCAUCAUUCUCCAACUUCCUCACAUAUCUUCGGGUUGUUUUCGGUAACCCCCACGCCCAGUCUCCCCCCAGGAUCGAUCCCGAUUCGGUCCUGCCAUGUCUCCAGCCCGUGCCCCAGACCCUCUUUCUUCCCCGACCCUCUCUCAGUCUGGGGUCUCCCCAAAAUCCCGGUUUUGCUGCCCGCUUCUUCGGCUCUUGUCUCCAUCGCUGCACACAAAAGCCUUUCUGAUUCCGACUUGGCUGUCACAUUUCUAAACUCCCCUCUCUGCUUCUUCUUGUUUUCUUCUUUUCCUUGACUUGUUGUCUUCUUCCUCCUUAAGUGAUUGUACCUUCCAACCUUCUGGGUUUUCCUGUCAUCAUUUUGAAGCCACUCUAUAGACCUUGAUUCCCAACUAGGAGACACAGCAUGUCUCCUCGGACCUCGUACGAUCCCGAACGGGACAUCGACAAGAGUCAUGUCGACAACGUCGAAAUCGUCUCUGAUGCCGUGGCCAACGCCAAUAAGCCGAAUCCGCAAAAAGAGGCCCCGCCCUAUGUCGCCAGUUUGACACCUGAGGAGCGUCAGGAGGCCGAGCGUGCUUUGGUCCGCAAGAUCGACUUGCGUCUACUGCCUAUGCUCAUCAUCAUGUAUAUUCUCAACUACCUGGACCGAAACAAUAUUGCGGCUGCCAAACUGGCCGGUCUUCAGGAGGAUCUGAACCUGGUGGGGAUGCAAUACCAAACCUGUGUCAGCAUUCUGUUUGUGGGUUACUUGUUGAUGCAGAUUCCGUCCAACUUGUUGCUCAACAAGGUCGGCAAGCCCGCCCUCUACCUUCCCGGAUCCAUGCUGCUCUGGGGUAUCAUCUCGACGUGCACUGCUGGCGCCCAGAGUUACGCUGGUCUGGUCGUUGUUCGGUUCUUUCUGGGUUUCGUGGAGGCUGCCUAUUUCCCAGGAUGUCUUUACUUCCUGAGUGCCUGGUACACUCGCAAGGAACUCGGAUUCCGUACUGCCGCAUUGUACUCUGGCUCUCUACUCUCGGGGGCCUUCUCCGGUCUCAUCGCUGCAGGUAUCACGGAUGGCAUGGACUACAAAAUGGGACUUCGAUCCUGGCGCUGGCUUUUCAUCAUUGAGGGAGCCAUUACCAUUGUUGUUGCCUUUACUUCCGUCUUCAUCCUCCCCAACUUCCCGCGUACGACGAGUUGGCUCACCGAGGAGGAGAAGCAGCUGGCUGCUUGGCGCCUGGAGGAAGAUAUUGGCGAAGACGAUUGGGUUGAUAGCGAGCAGCAGACCUUUAUGCAUGGUGUGAAGCUGGCCUUCACCGACAUCAAGACCUACCUAUUGAUACUCCUCAUUCUUGGUAUCGUCUCGUCCGCAUCGGUCACCAACUUCUUCCCCACCGUUGUCAAAACUCUCAACUAUGGCAACAUCGAAACCUUGUGCCUGACCGCCCCUCCCUAUUGUCUGGCGGUUAUCACCGCCUUCACCAAUGCCUGGCACGCCGACCGCACAGGUGAACGCUAUUUCCACAUCACCCUGCCCCUAUACAUCUCUGUGGCAGCCUUCAUCUUGGCUGCCGCCACCACAAGCGUCGCUCCACGCUACGUUGCCAUGAUGCUCAUGGUUCCCUCAUUCUACGCCAGCUACGUCGUCGCUCUAGGCUGGAUCUCGAGUACCUUGCCUCGUCCAGCCUCCAAGCGUGCUGCGGCUUUGGCGGGCAUCAACUGUAUCAGUAACCUCAGUAGUGUCUAUGCGAGCUACAUGUACCCUGACAGCGACGCUCCACGUUACAUCACCGCGAUGACAGUCAACUGCGUCACCGCUGUCCUGGCCAUCCUUGCUGCGACAGCCCUUCGUUUCGUCCUCGUACGCUUGAACAAGAAGCUUGACCGUGGGGAGGGAAUUAGUAGCGGGGAGGUACCUGGCCAGGCAGGCUCCAGAGGUUUCAGGUUCUUGGUCUAGUAUUUUGUGUCUCUGGAACGUGCAUAUGUGGGUUGUUUCUGGGUAUGAAAAGGGUAUAUCAUGCAUUGGAAUAAGUUUGUGCUGUUUGACUUGUUUUUAUGAAACCAACAAGUCAGGUCUAGUGAAUAUCAUUGUGUUUAUCAUUAAUAAGAAGAUUUUAC